GUAGACUUUUCAGAAUUACUGAUAAAAAAAUGUGAAAUCAGAAUGGAUUUAUAUAUAGUUUGUAACUUCCACAUUGAACAUUAUUACAUUUUGUGUACAUAGAUUCAAAAAUGAGUGACUCUGUGAAAAUAAUAUUAAGUGUUUGUGAAAAAUUAGCAAAAAAACAUAACCUCAAUGCAGAAAUACCCUAUAACAAAUUUAAACCACGAGCGAAACAUUUUGGAGGAAUGGUUAUUUUAUUUGGAGGAGGUCUAUUGGCGAAUAGAAUAGGUUUGUUACCUAGAAGAUUUGGUUUAGCUGUACCAGUUGUUGGAUUCAUAGGGUACACUGUAAUAAAAUCUUUAAAUCGAAAUAGACAUAUUAAAGCAAUUGAUGAUGUUAUCAAGAGUUUAUCAACAUCCCAAAAAAUUGAAUUAGCAAGUGCUGUUGGCAAUAUUUUGAAGAAAAAUACAGGUAUUGGUUCUUUAGAUGAGACUGCCAUUUUAGAAGCACUUGACCCUUUGACUGAAUUAUUCAUAAUUAAUGAAAUUGUUCAAAUAUUGAGAGAAAGACUGUAUUUAGAUGUAUGUCUUAGUUUGUGAUUAAGUAUUAAAUUAGUUUUUUCAUAUUUGCGUUUAUAUUUUAUUUUAUAAGAAUGAACAAUAACCUUCAAAGUUAAAAUUGUUAAUGAUAAAUUUUGUACACAAGCAAUAGAUAAAAUACAUAACACUGCUUGGUAGAAGAUUACAACCAGGACUUCUCACCAUUGGAAUAAAACGAAUUCUGGAAGGAAUAGGUCGAACUGGUGUAUUUAAAGAAAUAUAGAAAUUUGUAUCGAUAGCCGAAAUUGAAUUUUCUUUAUAAAAUAUCGAAUUUUUCCAUUUAAAAUUGGUCAAGUUACUCUUAAAGCUUCUGUUAGUUUUUUACUGGAAAUGUAAUUUCAUCUUCUGGUUCGUCAGUUAAGAAUAGGUAAAAUAACAAAAUUCUUUCCCUUAGUAAAGAGGAACAAUUAAUAAAACUGCAGAUUGUUAAGUGAAUUUAUUUACAUAUUAAAAUAAACGACAUAAAAAAUUGUACAUUACAUAUACAUACAACCACUCAAGCUUACAACCAUAAGCUCUAUGUUAACGGGAGAAAAAUAAUUACAACUUUUUUUAUAAAUGUACGUCUAUUCACACAUAGUAAGGAAAUUUAUUGAUUACUUGAUUCCCUUGCAAAGUACCAUAUUCUAAGAUCAAAAGUAAAAAAAAAUUUGCUUUGGAUUUGUAAACCAAUUAAAAGUAUAAAUAGUAUUCGCAUUCAACGUGCAUAUGUUGUACAACCUAGUAGUCCAAGAGCUGGUGAACCCUCCGAGUAACCGGUCUUCCUGUAAAGUUAGAAAUUUGUACACUUGCUAAGGGCAAUAGCUUGGACCUGGCGUCGUCAGUCUUGCACGUCAUCAUUUUUUAAAUUGUGAAAUAGAGUAAAAAAGAUCAUUUUCCAAAAAAUAUUCAUCCAUUAUUUAGCAGACAGUUUCCCAAAACCCACUGAUUAAGAUAAGCUUGUUCAGUCGACGAUACAACUAUUGUGAAGUAUAACGAAAUUAUUCGUCCAAGUUCUGACGAAAACGCAUCUAAAAAACGACCUUAAGCUUAGCUUAUUAACAAGUGAAAUGUGUAAUAUGUGGCAAGAUCUUCAAAUCGACAAUGACCACCUUAUUCUCGAAAAAAAAAAAAUAUAUUUCAUUAAAAAUUUCAUUCGUUCACAACAAUGUGAAUCUGUGGAUGGAAACAACUUUGCACCUGUUUGAACGAAAGCUCAAAGUAACAACGAAGAAUUCUAAAAUUUGGAAUUAUCAGUUUUCAUUGGCGUUUCAAGCGAUAUCGACAAAGAUGGAAAAUAUUCUAGAAUGAGAAAAUAAAAAUUUCACUCGUUCUCGACUAAAUUCCAGUGAAUCGGAACGACUUUACACCUGUUCGGUUCCAUCAACGGUCUAACUAUACGAACCCAAAAAACGUGGUCCCCAACCGAGCCACGUAUAUGGAUCCUUCCCGCUGUUUUUCACUGUUAAUAGACUAAAGGUCUUAAGGAUUCGACGAAAUUUGAAGGAAGUAGUUUUGUAUUUGUGUAAGAAAAAAUUAUUACUACAUACUUUUGGAAUCUAUUGACGUAAAUCGUGAAGACGGUGCUGUUCUAUUAUGUUAAUAGAACCUAAAGUUUGCAGUGGACAAAUUCCAGAAGGAUGUUUUAUAUUUUUUUAUAUACGGGGACAAUUUCUUUUUAUUUUUUUAUAAUUUAUUUACAAGAUGUUGUGGUCGUUUUUAUAGAAAUUAUUUUUAAGAAUGCUUUCUAUUAGUUUACAUUCUAGAAUCCGAAUAAUCUAAAAAUCCGUUGUGUAUAUAAAGGCGUUUGUUUAUUAGCAAGUAAUGGUAAAAAGUGAACAACGAAUUUAAAUAAAUUAGUGAAUAGUUAAAUCUGAGUGGAUAAAUUAGUGAAUAGUUUAGUGUUUUUAGUGUAAAUGAGUAAGUAGAGACAAUGUGUAUAAAAUCACCGCACUUUUAAUAACAGUUUAAAUAAAUAAAAUAAUUCCAUUUGUUUUGACUAGAUGAUGUUGAAAACCUAUAUUAAAAUUCAAAUUAGUUUCGUUACAACAAUAUAGUACAUUGCAACAGAAUCCACAAAUGUAUAAAUAGUUUUUGAAGUUCCAUAAUAGCUCUAAAUUGUUAUACAUGUCAGAUUUUUUGAGUUAUAGAUAUGAUUUUUUUGAACAUUACAAUCAUUUUCAAUUUAGUGCCACAUUAUAAACGAAUUGUAUACUGCAUUUACAAAAAAGAUCCCGCUCAAUCCCUAUGGAAAUUGGAUUUCGGUCAAUUUUUUUCUGAAACACAAUGAUAGUUCAAAGCAAGCUGAUUAAAAGUCUCAAUGGGCACGAAUCCCCAAAACUGCUCCUGAAGAGUAGUUUCGAAGAAAGCCGAUUUAGAGUCUCAAUAAGCUAGAGAUUCCGCAAAUACCUCUUAAGUUCCCCAAAAUUACCCCUGUUAAGUAUCAUAAGAGAAGGGAUUUCGACCAGUUUUUUCUGAAACUUAGCACAACGAUAGUUUGAACAGUCUGAUUGAAAUCUCACAGGGUCGUCAAUGGGGUAGGUAAGUUACAUAAGUAACUUGAAUCAGUGAAUUAAGUCUAGAUCUUUGUGCCAAAUUUUAGAAAAACUGACGAAAAAGCCGCUCCUUAUGGUAUUUAAACUUUCCAGCGGUAGUUUUAGGGUUUCGUGUCCAUCGAGACUAUUAAUCAGUUUUCUUUGAUCCAUUAUUAUGAAAAGUUUCAUAAAAAUUUGUCCAAACCCCUUCUCUUAUGGUACCCUUGGACUCUUCAGGGGUAGUUUUGGAGGUUCGUGCCUAUUGAGAGUAUUAAUCAGCUUUCUUUGAACUAUCGUUGUGCUAAAUUUCAGAAAAACUAACGGAAAGCCCGCUCUUUAUGGUACUUGAACUCUCCAGGGGUAGUUUUAGGGUUUAGUGUCCAUCGAGACUAUUAAUCAGUUUUCUUUGAAACAUUAUUAUGAAAAGUUUCAUAAAAAUUGGUCCAAACCCCUUCUCUUAUGGUACCCUUGGACUCUUCAGGGGUAGUUUUGGAGGUUCGUGCCUAUUGAGAGUAUUAAUCAGCUUUCUUUGAACUAUCAUUGUGCUAAAUUUCAGGAAAACUAACGGAAAGCCCGCUCUUUACGGUAUUUGAACUCUCCAGGGGUAGUUUUGGGGUUUCGUGUUCAUCCAGAAUAUUGAUCAGUUUUUUAACUAUUUUUUUGCCAAGUUUCAUAAAAACUUGUUCAAACUUCUCCUCUUAUGGUACCCUUGGACUCUUCAGGGGUAGUUUUAGAAAAACUGACCGAAAUCCCUCUUCUUAUAGUAUUUGAACUCUCCAAGGGUAGUUUCGUGUCCAUUGAGACUUUUAAUCGGCUUGCUUCAAACUAUCAUUAUGCAAAGUUUCUGAAAAAAUUGUAAUAAUCAUGUAGCGAGUUACUUAUUAAAUAAACUUUCCUUGAACUUUUUAAACAAUUUUAUCAAAUGUUGAACAUUAUAAAAAAUUUAUAAUUGUAUUGAAUUACUGGAGUGGAUGGAUCUUAUUUACAGUCAUUUUUUUCCUUUAUUAACUCCAUUGCUAUGAAUUUACAUCUAAGCCAUGGCAAAAUAAAUGUAUAAAUAAAUAAUUACAUCACAUUAUUUAAAUUAUCAUAAAUAUCUCUCUC